AUUGCUUCAGUCACAACAACCUCGCAUCUGCUUCUGCCCCCUCACACCUCGACUCACUCGACCCAGCAUGGACGACAUCCAGACCUUCCGCGACCAGCUCGCCCUCGUCAACAUCCAGCUCGAGAGCGACCCAGACAACGAGGACCUGCUCACCCUCAAGAAGGAGUUUGACGAGCUCAUCAGCCUCACCGAGCUCGCGGCAUCUGCCAGUGCGCCCAAGGGCGAGUCGAGCAAGUCCAAGUCCAAGGCCAAGGACAAGGAGUCUGGAGGUGGGGCGAGCAACCUGAACUGGCAGGAGCUGGGCGAGUACAAGGCCGGCAUGGACUGCAUGGCCAAGUACGCCAAGGACGGCAAGUGGUACCCCGCGCGCAUUAACGCUGUUGUCGGCUCAAAAGACUCGCCGCUGUACACGAUCACGUUCAAGGGCUACUCGUCGUCGACAAAUGUCCCCCUCUCGUCUCUCCGCCCACACGACCCAUCAGCGCCUAUACCCCAGCCUGUGGAGCGCAAGCGUCAGCACGAGGACCUGAGCGAGCGCGAGAAGGAGAAGAAGAAGAAGAAGGGAGAAAAGUGGAUGGAGAGCCAGAAGGCCAAGUCGGAGGAGGCGCGCGGCAAGCAGAACGCCUGGGAGAAGUUUGGAAAGAAGGCCCAGAAGAAGGGCAUCUACAUUGCUGGCCUCGAGGGCAAGAGCGUGUUCCGGACAAGCGAGAGCGCGACGGGCAGAGUAGGCGUCUACAACUCUGGCAAGCCCAUGACCGACUACGAGCGUAUGGGCAAGCACAAGUUUGAGCGCGGCAACCUCCACUAGGCUCCACGCCGCGACAGGCAAAGAAAGCCCGGACGUGUCCCCCGUCGUUCAUUCGUUCACCCUCACAGUACUGCCCGAGCGCGUCGGGUCCCCGAAACGCGGCGGCACGGGCGACAGUGGCUCGUGUCCCGCUCCAACCAAUGUAAAAACAACUCUACUCGUACGAACCAUGCCUCCAUGUCCCCUGCCCCUUCCCUUCCCUCCCCCUCCCCUCCCUCUGUAUUAUGCGCGCUGAGUCACUGUCUGCCAGACGUCGACGGUGUCGACCGUGUCUGCAAAGGUAUGUCUCGUGGGUCUGGUAUGAUCGUGGUUCUCCUACAUAUAGAAUAGACAGCCCAUGUAUGGUGUGCUGCUG